CCGCUGUUGCCGUGGCCCGGCGCUCCUCCCCCGCCGCUACCGUCGCUCGCGAGGGGAGCAUGCUCCGCCCUACGCUUGCCCUUCGAGGCCUUCCUCCCCUCCGGGAGUCUCGCGUGCACCGUGCUCACGAUCCGGACGGUCUCAGCCCUAUCCAGCGCCGUUGCUGUCUCCAACAGGAACUUCGCUUGUUGGUACUCGGGUGGGAGGGAACCAACGAAGUGGGCGAGAACGAAGGGGUUGUUCAGCAUUGAGCCCCUUUUCGCGCAGGCGGGCAUACAGCAGCUCGAGAGAGUAGAGGUGCUCGAUGGGGUUGCUGUUGCUGUGUGUGGAGAUUGCAAAGUCGAACAUCUUCCGCAUCAAGGGCUGUUGGGACCCCUGUGACUCCGAAUCGUAGACAUUUUUCAAUUCCGCGAGGACCUCUUUCGCUGACGCACAGUUUCUGAUGUUUGUCAGCUUCUUUUACCACAGCAGUAGUGAUAACAUGGAACGCCCGAAGCCCUCGUUGGACUUUUCCUCUCGUGUGCCCCAUAAGCAGUUCGGAAGUCGGCAAGUUUGGGUCGCCCACGGGGAUACCGCUCUCUGCAUCUCCUAUAAACAGCCCGUCCAAGUCGAUGGUCUUCGCAGCUUGGAUGAAUGAUUUUCGCCACGAGUCAAAUCCGUGGCUACGGCUUUUUCCGUCUAGGAGCGGAGCAUUGACCGUCACCCUCUUCAUGUGGCUACUGCUGUAGCCGUCGAGGUAUUCUCCAUUUCCUCGAAUCACGGGUAUCUCACCCUGGGGGGUUCAUCCCCCUCGCUUCCCCGUAGUCCGGUCGUAUGCCCGGGCCCAUUCCGGCUCGUCUCGCAGCAUUCGCUCCCGAUCUGCUGGCCCAGCCACCUUCCAGCAGCUGGCGUGGUCCUUGCGUACCAUCUCUCUCUUGCUGCUGGAAAAAUCCCUCGCCACCGCCGAGCGGCAGCGUGGGCUCUUGCUGGCCUCCCGUGGCGGAAACCCAGCCGCCACUUCUGGCUGCAUCCACCAAGAUGCUGCCAGGCUCCUUCUUCUUCACCAGCUCCUUCACCAGGGCCGCCAAUUGCGAAAUCUGCCAUUGCAAACUUGCAAGCUUUGCAUCGCGGCCCUCCUCCACCGGCGAGCGGAUCUGUUCUCCGCUCGCAGCAGUGGGUACAUCAUCUCCGGCAAAACUCAUCCCGACGUUGCUUCCCUCGAGGGGCAAACCCUUGAGUGUUUGCGGCCUCAGCCACUUAU